ACGAACGCUGUCACUCAUGUAGUAAAAAAAAUACUUUUGUGUAGCUAAAAAAUUUGAGUGCAUGAAUUUUUUAAUUUUUCGCUUGUUUUUAGUGUGAUUAUUAAUUUGAGUGUAUAUUAAUUAGAAAGGAAAACUAUUUUCACACAUUUUGCCAAAAUAAUAAAAUAGCUGGAAAAUGUCUAGUGGACGUGAAGAAGGAGAAAUCGAUUCAGAGGAGGAUGGUCUUCGCAAACGCAUACAUGAGCUUGAAAAUGAAAAUGCAGAAUAUGAAAAGAUCAAGCGAAUUUCCGAGAGUUAUAGUGAUAAAUAUGAUAACAUAUAUAGACUGAAUGAGUUUAAUAACUGGGAAGCUGUGCAACGCGCCGGUCAAAUACCCACCGAUGUAUCCUCAAUUUCUUCCGAUGACUUUCCCUCACCAAAAAAGAAAAAGCAUAAAAGAAAUAAAAAAGCUAAAUGCAAAUUACAUGAACGGCGUGUACUGCAGCGCAGUCAUCGUUGUACGCAUCAGCGGCACAAGCACAGUAAAAGACAUCAUCAACGUAGAGAACGUCUCCCUAAUCCUUACUAUGAAAAUCGUGGUAUUGAAACGAUAUCACUGGACACCACAGAUAAUAGUGAAUAUGAGAAGGAUAACUACUCCAUAGCUACUAUGGAUAUUGAUAGUACCGAUGAAAAUGACGGUGACAUGACAUUACCAUUAAGUCGUGAAGAACUGCGUUUGGCGCUGGCACGUAGCACGACGGAAAGGAAAAAUAAUAUUUGUCCAUUGAAAGAACGUUUAAAACCGAAUAAAUUUACUACAUUGGAUAGCAUUGAAACAGUACAUAUAUUGGCAGAAUCGGCUACGAAUUCGAUUGACGCCGAAAAUGUUGUGGAAAUCAACAGUGAUAAUUCUAUAUCGAUUGAAGAACAAGAGUUACGCUUAAUAGCACUGCGUUCAGCGAUAAUGCGUAAACAUGCGACACGUAAAAAACGUAAUGCCGAGAUUGCUUAUUCACCAACAGAUUUUGAUGAGUUGCUAGUGGAGCCCGUCAGUUCAGUCGAUACGGAUAUUGACGAAUUAGAGGGUGAUAUGGAAAUAAGUCCGGCUAGUUCACCCAGACUGCUACUCAGUCCCAUACAGUGUGACGAUGAACAAAAUAGUAAUAUCAGUUUGGACACUGUGGAUAAUCAGGUGGACAAUAAACCUGUCGAUAUGGAGCUGGCAAGUAGUGAUAGUGAACCGGAAGAUAAUAAUAAGUAUGUUAUCAACACGGAUAUGUUAUACACACAAACGCACGAUAUACCGUUACCAGCUGGUCUACCCAUGGAUAACGUCGGUUUGCCAAAGACAUACGAUUAUGCAGCGCAUGGCAAUCACAUGGCCUAUGAAAUGUAUAUGCCGGCGUUGCAUUACAGCGCGCCACUGGAACUGCCACAACCAAUGUUGCCAAUUUCUACAUUAACAAACACAACACAGCCAGCGUACGCAUAUGAUAAGCUGGCGCAAAAUGCCAUUGACGCCAGUGACGAUGUGACGUGUAUUAAGAAUGAAGUAACCAGUGAGCCACUUAGAGCUAGUCUCUCGCCCAAAUCAUCAACUAUGGAGAUUAUACAACAAGAACCAACGGGUGAGUGUAGUGAUGAAGAAGAGGCGGAAGCUUUGCGCGCGCUAUUGCUAUCGCAGCGUCAAAUGGCGAAGAGUACAAAAGCUAAUGGCGUGCCACAAACGCGCAAACAAACGCCAACGCACGAUACGCAGCCGAACACACGCGGUCACACGACACAAAGUGUAUUUGAGGAUGUGAAAAGUGUUGAAGGCAAGCCAAAAACACUGCAACAAACAAUAUUAAGUGAAUGUAAUGCGAAGCCUACACCCACAGAGUCGAUUUUGAAAGAAGCCGUGCGGCGCUUAAAAGUCAAAACACUUGCAAGUGGCGAACAUGCGCAUGCGGAGACCACCGUAGAGUCUGAGCCUCAGCCGCCACGUCUGAAAAUAAAAGCUUUUGCGCGUUACAUAGACGCUGAUAAAGAAGCUGUAACUGCGCAUGCGCAACCAAUGCAUGUAGCUGACAAUGUGGUGGAAGCUUUUAAAGUGCAAACAAUACAUUUCAAUAAUGCAUUUAAUCAACAUGAAGAGAGCAUGAGCAGCACUGAAAGUAUACAACGUAGGAGCACACCCGAAAUAUUAGGCACACGUAUGAAUUCGCAUGAGAACGCCGCGUCAUUAGUGGCCACAAAACGACGCUUGGAAAGCAUUGACGCUGUUGAGGAACAUAAGCUCACAGUAAGUGAGCUGCCGAAGAUGGCUGAAAGCCUACACUCCUCCGAGGACCGUAAUGAAGUGCAGUUACAAAGCAGCCAAAAGACACAACACACCUAUGAAACACAAACUAAGAAACUGAAACGGACAAUGGAACCGGCAAAUCAGUUGCCAACCACAGAUUUGAGCGAGGUGCGGUUCAAGGAGCAUGCACAAGAGAUUGGUACAAAAGAAAGCGACCCCAACAGCAGUGGUGAAAAGGAAAACAAGGCGAUAUCCAGCGCUAUAAUGAACAAAAAUGACGCGGUCACAAAAGCGAAGUCGACUCUUAAGCCUAUAGCCAAAACUGUGAAGACAGCGCCGAAGAGCAAAGUCAAUAGCGCCACACUGGUGCCAGCGAAAAGCAUAACGGCGCCACCUAGAAUUAGCGUAGCGCCACCAACGCGUAUGAUAAAGCCACAAGCGCAACAGCUGAAAAUUGUUAAGCCCAACAAGGUCAUCAAUAAGAAUCUGGAAGUACAGCAGAAAGCUCAAAAGUCGGAUAAUAACAAUAUGCAAAAGAAACUUGACGACAACAAUCAGCAAUCGCGCAUACUCACACCCACCACGUUGCCGAAUAUAAAGGUGAAAAAGCUCAUCAUACGUGUAGGUGAUUCGGACUCCUCCUCCGAGGAUGAGGAGAUACUACGCAAUCAAACCUUGGAACGUUGCAUUGGACUGGCGACGGCGCGUACCAACACACCCGAUUCGCUGAGCAAUGUGCUGAACGAGAAUGUUUACAGACGCAAAUCGUGUGGCACGCCCACAGAGGGGACAAUGGCGUCGAAUGCGCAAACUGCAGAUGACAACUCGAAUGCGUCAACUGCCAAAGACAGCAACGUGGGUGAAGCGUUCGAAAAGAAAUUGGAGAAUUUUCUCAAAACCAUACGCUCUAAAACGUUGCAGACGAGCGAACGCGUUGAGCAUGCGCAUGCGCGUGUACGUAAGCUGAGCAGCAGCAACAGUGCGCAAACGCGCACACCCACGGCCGUACGCAGUCUUCCCAUAGCCUCGCAGGAGGAAUACAAACGGCUGGUGCAUCGCAUGAAGAUACUGGAGAGGCAAAAGCAAUUGAAGAAAAUGCAAAAGAGUCUAGUUGAGGAUGCAGAAAAGUAUACGAAAACCAAACAAGACAAUGCCAAGCAUAAUGCGCGAGGCAUAGAUGAUGUCAACACCAAUACAGAAACUGCAAGCAACGACACAGAGCCGCCCAGCACUGAAGCGGUCAGUCUGAUUGCUGAAAAGCCUGCCGAAGUACAUUCCGAAAAAUCAACGCCAAACAAAAGUGUAACGACAACAACGCAAGCGCCAUCCGUCGAAACGCCGCCACUAAACCAGAAGGCAUUAACGGAUAAGCUACGCUCUUGGGAGACUAUUUACACCAGCAUAAGCAAUAACAUCAUAACAAGACUGGACAAAUCGCUGCAGCUGGUGAAUGAAACGAAGUCGGCGAAAAUCGCCAAAAUGCGUCAUGAGCAGCGUCUGAAGGAGUUGCGUCACGAAAUGGAGCAGACGCAAUGCAAAAUAAAAGAGGAACAAGUGAAAAUUACGCGUAUACAUCCGCAAAUUUGCGCCAACAACGAAUUGAUCACGAAGCUGAAGCAGAAGCGCGCAAAAGUGCUCGAGAUGGCUGUGAAGUUGGGCAAGAGUGUGAAGGGCGAUGAUUAUAGAUUAAAUAAUGAUUUGAAAAAUGAAAUAGCGCACAAAACAAAAGGAUUGGCCACGCAUAUAAAACUUGUAAAUUCAAUCAGAUAUAGUGAUCUAGAUGUAUUAGAUAAAGUGCCAGCACCAACAACGCCAGACAAAAAUACGAAUGUUGAGUUUGCGCUACAAAGUACGACGGCUUGUGAAGAAUUGGUGCCAAAAACAACCAAUAGCAUGCACUGUGAGGUGAAUGAAAAUGCGGACAUUAUAGCGCCAACGAGCGACAAAAAAGCCGAAGUCGAUGCGGAAACACAUGCUGCCAACGCAAAUGUAGAUUUACCUAAGGAGAAUAAUGCUCAGGAAGCGAACAAAAGCUGUGAUAGAAAGUGUGUUGUGGAGCCAGCAGCGCCAAGCGUCGAAGCUGCUGACACAGACAGUGAAGCGAGGAAGGAUGUGGAUGAGGAGGUGAACAGGGAGCAGCAGCAGCCUGUGCCGUUUGCGAGCGGCAAAGAAGUGCUGCACGACGAUUACGAGCCAGCAGUAGUGGACAGCAAGCCAAGGCUGGACGUCGAGCAAGUGGAGGUGGAGAUGCCGAAGGCGCAUGCGCUACGUGAUUACGUGUCACCGCUGCUGCACUUGCGUAGCGACUGUGGAAACUGGGAUCCCAACGAUAUUAUCUGUCCAUACGAGUUGAUGGGUCAGUGCGAGGACAAGGACUGCAGCUAUAAACAUUUGAAAAUGUGCCAAUGAGAGAACAAAAAAAAUAAAACGUUGGCGCGCCACAAGUGUGCGUAAAACUUUUAGCGUUUUUCAAACAAACAAACAAAAAAAAGAGUUUAACAAAGCGUUAAUGGAGUACUGCAAAUAGAAGUUGCCUCAUAGGUAAGUUAAACCACUCAAUUUAGAAAUUAUACACACAGUUUGUGUAGCGCGUCCACCUGAUACUUAUACCUCUACCACUCGUGCGUAAUUUACUAUUGAAAAUACAUGUUUUUUCUGUUGUGAUAAAAGCAUUUUUCAAUAAUUUUAAUUUUUUUUUCGUUUUUCAUUUAUUAUUUGAGUUGGUGGUGUGGUGUUGAAAGUUUUUGCUACAAAUGCAGCACAAAGGUCUGUUGUAACUAUAGCGCGCUCAGAAGUGCGGAUAAUGAGUUGACAUAAAAAAAUUAAAAAUAAAUUAAAUUAAAAAAUAAAUAUAAAAAAAUAAUUAUAAAAAAUAAUAAUAAAAUUCUUAAUUUUUUAAAAGUAAAAAAAUUCCUUUACACUUUUAAUUAAUAAAUAAAUUUUUUUUUUGCAAAUUAUAAGGUGCCAUAUUGUUUUUAUGCAUAGAAUAAAUGCAAGUCAUGGAGCCUUUGCUGUAUUUUAGCAAACUUGCCACAUAUUUUUUUUUUGAUUUUUGUAAAAAUUAAAAAUAAAUUUAAGCUAUAAUAAUAAAAAAAUAAAUAAAAUAAAAAUACUGUUUUAUAACGUUGUUAUAAGAAAAAUUGUUUACAAAGUGAAAUAAAUACAUAAGUGCUAUAUAAAAAUAAUUUCAAAUGUCUUUUAUUUAAUCGUUUUGUUUUUGGUGGGUUACGGCUCGGUUACUGGUUAUUAAAGAAAAAAUUGAAAAAAAUCUUAAAACUUUCCGCUUCAAUCAGGGUUGGAUCAUCGAAAUAACAGCUUUUGUACGCAUAAAAUUCGGCUCAAUUCUGGUAACGUAGAACAGGCUGUUGUGGGAAUUGCAUUUCAUCUCAUCAUCGUUGCUUGUUUGGGGUUGGUUCCUACAUUGUUAGGUUAUGCUAAUGCAGGUGAUUUCCAAAAGAGGGUCUGUGGAGAUUGUCUACUAUAAAAUAUGCAUUCAUGUUGUUAUUGUAGCUGUGGAUAAUUUUGGUCGAUGCUGCCGUACUUGGGCGACUAAGUCAGGUUCAUUCCGGUUACAUAGAAAUAUCGAGGAAAUUCUUAAGGAUUUUCUAGUAAUUUUAAGUUGAUCUGAUAAUUACUUUUCGAGUUAUUACAGAAAUAACAAAGAGCGCUCGGGCACUCCAAAACGCUCGAGUGAAAUUUUAAAUGCGUUUUUCUCAAAACUAUGUUUUUUGAACUGAUGAAAACUGUAACUCGAAAAUGGCUCAGUAGGUUUUAAUGCAUUUUUACAGCUUUUAGAAUACAUAAUAAACUCUGGCUGACGAACGAUUUUUUUAUACCCUAAACAGGGUAUAUUAAGUUUGUCACGAAUAUAUAAAUGAUCAGUAUGUUGAACUGAGUCGAUUUAUAUAUGCGAACUAGUCCUUCAGUUUUUAAGAUAUCGUUUUGAAAUUUUGCAGAUGUUAUUUUCUCUUCAAGAAGCUACUUAUUUGUCGGAACUGCCGAUAUCGGACCACUAUAUCAUAUAGCUGCCAUACAAACUGAACGAUCGGAAUCAAGGGCUUGUAUGAAAAACUUCCGCAUUUUACUACAUAUCUUCACGAAAUUUGGUGUGAGUUAUUGUUCAUAGAAAUAAUUUAAUCUCCGUAAAAAU